CGUCCAUGGAAACCUGGUGUGUAUAGAGCUAAUGCACAUGUUCUUGCUACAGAAACUCUUAACUAACAAACGCAUAUUUUGGUCUGUUGAACAAUGACUCAUCUGUUAGGCCGUCAGGACUGUAUCGACAGCCUUCGGAGAGAUCUUAUUGAUUUACAGGGAGCGGUCCUUGAUGUUUUUUCUAAGACUGGACCCGUCCGUUUCCAAUCAUGGAAAUUUCCCGAUAAACUGUCAUGUAAUCUGGAUUUGGUCAGUCUUUUAGAGGAGUAUGACUAUGUAGAUGGUGAGGAGGAAUUCAGUCAGCACUCCCACAUAGUCCUGCUAGAGCUGCUGAUUGACAGAUUAAUGCUUCUUCUCCAGAGUUUUAACGUUCAUGCUGAGCUGUUGCUUGAGAAGCAGAGAGUUUUAUCAUCUGGUCAAAACGAAUCCUCUGUUUCCAUCGGUCCUGUGGUCAAACGCUUCUGGAACAACCUACUUCAGCUCAGAAAUCAACAAGCACAAGAAGGGACUAAUGGACAGCAACUUCGAUCUCAACGGAGUUCAUCAUUCAUUACCAGAACAGCAGCAAACACACCUACUGUUAAUACGCACAAUACACAGAGCACCUCCAUGACAAGCCCCCAUAAAACCACCUCAAGUACCCCAGAUUCCUCUUCCCACCACAGAAGAGCGUCCACUGCAGGCUCCUGUGUGUCUCCGUCCACUCACACUGUGAGCUGUCAGACAGUAGAGUCGGCCCUGGUGCCCUGUGAGGCCUGUGCUUGUGUUCAGGCGGUGAUGAAGGAGAGCAGUGAUGCUCUAGUGUCUCUUUGCCAGUCUCUGGGUUUGCCUUGCUCCAUGCAGGGCUUCCUGGAAGCUGUGGAGGAAACACAGCAGCUGGGCCGCUUGUCUGCAUGUGACAUUUCCCAAUGGGCAAGUGAGCAGCGUAAGGAUAUGAGCCGUGUUGGGAAACAUGUUCUGGAGGUGAGAGAAACUGUUGAGCCACUGAAAAAGAAGCUGAAAGAGACCGAGAGUGAGCGAGAGAAGCUGAGAAAACAGCUAUCAGAGACAGUCAAAAGAGAGAAGGAGGAGAGGAGGAAGAUGGAGGAGGAGUGUGAGCACAGAAUGCAGGAGGUGAAGGUCAAGGGAGAGGAAGCAGUAAGGAGGCUAAAGGAGGAGCAGGAGGAGUUAAAGAGAGGUGUGACGCUAUUAGAGGAAAAAAAAUCUGAACUCACAGCAGAACUGAAUUUGCAUACAGAAGCAAAACAGAGUCUUGAAUGUGAGAGGGCUGCACUUCAGGAGCAAGUUCAUCAUCUGCAUAAUUCACAAGAGACCAUGUUAAAAGAGAUGGAGGAGAGCAGGAAAAACCUGGAGAAGGAGCUCAGAAGUACACAGACACUGUUAGACAAAGAAAGCGCCAAAAACCACAGUGUGCAACGCCUGCAUGAGGCUCUUCAGGUGAAGCAGACGGCUCUGCGGAAGCAUCUGGAUGUGCUGGUUCAGCAGACUGAGGAUCUACAUGGCAGUCUGGAAGAAUGUGAGGAUGAAAAAGCUGAUCUUGCCAACAAACUCACACAGAUCAUACAAGAAAAAGACACACUUCAGGAGCAACUCACACAGCAGCAGUCCCGAUGUAGUUCACUGUGUAUUGAGAAACAGAGGCAGCAGACACAGAUCACAGAACUGGAGAAGAGUGUGUCUCGUCUGAAAGAGAUGCUGGAAGAAGCUGCCCAGAGAGAGAGGAUACUGGUGGCCUUUCCUGAGCUUAACCCACAAGUAGCACCACAGACUACAGGUGAUGUGAUGUGUGAUAUGGAGCAGCAGCUGAAGGCAAACUCAGUGAGGAUCAGGGUUCUGCAGCAGGAAAAUGCCUCCCUGAGUAACAGCCUAGCCAGACUGAAGGACAGAGAGGAACAACAAAGAUCUUCAGACUCUGGCAUAGUAGAGAUGGACAGGAGCAGAGAAGCUGCACCGAUGGGACCCCUGGACAGCUCUAGCACCUCCUCUCCCACUUCCCCUUCAUCCAUUCUUCAUCAUCAGACUCUCUGCCUCUCUCUGCACCAAGAUGUGGAAGAAAGAUACAUGAACAUUCGUCAGGCUGCUCGCAUCCGGUCUGCAGGCACACGUCGCAGGAGGAAGUGAUGUCACUUAAUGGACUGAUAGGUCUGGAGACUGAAAUAUUAUUGUGACUUCUGUGUUCUUCAUUUGUAUGACAUAGGCCUUACAAUGGACAUUUGGCAUUUUUCGGAUGUUGCACAAUAUACAACAAGCCUGAAUGUUGUAUGAACUGGAUCUUCAAAUCCAUGUUGUUCAGCAGCUGGGGUGGAAAAUAUUGUUGCUGGUAAAUAUUUCAGUCCAAAAAGAUGCUAAAAAAAAAGCUGGUUGACUUCAUAUGAGGACUGUAUCAAAAUUAAGUUAUUCCGAUUUUGUCAGUAA